GCUUGCGACUGACAAUGUUUCCUGUCAGUCGGGUGCAGGGGAUGCACGAAAAGCUCAGAGACUUGCGACUGCGAUACUCAACAUGGAUGAAAUUGGUAUUUUAGCGAAAAAGGAAACCUGCGAGCUGGUCGCGAGCACUGAUUGUGCAAUUACUGCAAGCUUUCAAAAUUUUGGUGGAGGCGCUUAACCAAACCGGUGCUUACCACAGCUGCCGAGAGGUGUGUAUAGUUACCGCCAGAACUUUUCUUACGCAGUAUUACUCUAAAAGUGUAUAUAAUUUGGAGCCAUGUAUCCAGCGGACGAGCUCUUCGCGAAUGGCUUAGCUGCUUCGACCGCUGCCCUCGAAAAAUUCAAGCAAUGGCUGGAAGCUAUUCGCGGAUGCACACCGGAAGCCGCUUCUGAGAUGUUGCCAUUUGGCACCAUAAAUGGACGCCAACAAUACCCCUUUAUGCCUCUCGAAUAUCUUCACCGAAGUGCCACUCUUAUCAGAAGUAUCAAUACUCUACUUGGAGCAAACGGCGCAUUAUGUCGACUGCGGUCCAGCGAUCUUGGCGCCUCGGCAUCCAGCCUCACGAAUUCAGUUGAAGUUCCGCGGGAAUAUGACACUUUGGACUUGUUCGCUACAUCAAACAUUCCAAAAGGCAGCGUCAUUCUCAGGGACUCAACAUUGUUGUGUGCGAUUGAUGCACCCACAACCAUCAAUCCCGCAACUGGCGGUCAAGCAUCUCCCAACUUGCGCUGCGAAGCUUGUUGCGACGAAUGGCCCUGGAACUAGGAUAGUCGACAAAAGUGCUGCCGUAUGCAUUAUUGCGGACAGGGACAUUAAGUCAGGUGAGGAGAUCACCAUAGAGUACACUGACAUUGACGAACACUGGGACCGCAAGGAGAGGAGUCUCAAAUUACAACAUUGGGUAACCGAAUGUAUGUGUACGAAGUGCACAAGCGAAGUGGAUGGGAAAUGCUAGAUUUCAAGAUGCUGUAUUUUCUCCAAAGCUUUGCAAUCUCGUGGAUUUGGUAUUGUCGAGCGGGAGAAAACCUCAGAUGGACUUCUAUUCUCUUUUCUUUC